AAAUUCAUUGUGAAGUGAAGGUACCAAACAAAAGCUGACAGACAAGAAGGAUACUAACACAUUGGAGGAAAAAGAAAAGAAAAAAAAAAGGUCCUUUUAAAAGAGACAUGCACAAUAAACCAAAUGUCAUCGUCUUCCUCAACUUUAAAAAACCAGUCUUUCAUGAAGAAGUUUCUCUCUCUUUCUCCUUCUCCUUCCCACCCUUUUGAAAUAUCUCAAUAUCCUUUACUACUACUAUGUUGAUCUUCUUCUUCAAUGCUGCUGCUGUGGCUGUGGCUGAGGAACAAUCAUCAAAUGAUUCGGUCACAAAUUUCACUCCUAGUUUGGCCAUUGUCUUGGCAAUUCUCUCCAUCGUCUUUGCCUUGACUUUCAUUCUUCUUGUCUACCUCAAAUUCUGUUACAUAAGUGGUGCAUCUGUUCACGACGACGACCAAGAGAGUCGAACCGGACCUGGUCAUUUGAGGUCCGGUUCUAGAUUCUCUGGUAUUGACAAGAAUGUUGUUGAUUCUCUUCCUUUCUUUAGAUUCUCUUCUUUAAAGGGUUCUAGAGAAGGACUUGAAUGCGCUGUUUGUCUGUUCAAGUUUGAGGAUGUUGAGAUUCUUCGUCUUCUUCCAAAGUGUAAACAUGGUUUUCACAUUGAUUGCAUCGAUGAGUGGUUGGGACAGCAUUCCACCUGUCCUCUUUGCAGGCAAAGGGUGACACUUGAUGACCUUAAUAAUUUCCUCUCCGGCAGCUUCAGGUGGCCGUCGGCGGCUGAGUCGAUGGACGUUGACUCAAGCGUUGAGCUCUUUGUUGAGAGAGAAAGAGAUGAGGCGGGUUUGAAUUCAUCUUCUUCAAGAUUCAGCAUUGGAGGAAGUUUUAGGAAGAUGAAGGAAAUGUAUAGGAGGAAUCAAGAACAUGAUCAACAAGUUGUUCUGCACAGAGUCAACCAUAAGAUCAGUACUGUUUCUGAUCAUCUUUUUGUUCUGAAGAACAGAUGGAGCAAUGUAAGCUCGUCGGACCUCUUGUUCUUGAACAAAGAAAUGCUCCGAUCGAUGUCAAGCAGCCGGUUCUCCGCCGUAGAAGACAGGAAUGAGAAGAAAUUCGCUGUGAAGAUCAAGGACGAAAUGGAGAGAGGAUGGGAGUCUGAGACCAACAAAUUAGGAUUAGUAAACUUGAGCUGUCACACAUCAAGAAUACUGAUCCAAGAUGGACAGAGAUCAAGGUCAGAGAUCGCAGUUCAUCCGAGGCUCAUCGACUUUCCCAUGAGGAACUGCAACAGAGGAUCUUCUCCUCCUCCUGCUGCUGCUGAGAUCGGAUCAGUCAGGAGGGAGGAAAGGAUGAGGAUGAAUUGGCUUUCCAUUGCUAGAACAACUGUCCGAUGGUUUGCCAACAGAGAGAGAUUUCAACCAAGAGUCUAAUUUUUUUUAAUAUACUAAGAUUGGUUUGCCAACAACAGUUGGGUUAGGACGAAUAAUUGCAAGAGAGCCAAUUGAUUUAUAUGUA